CGCGGGAAAAAAUGCGUCCUGCUCGCGCUCGAACUGGAGACUGAUGAAACCUUCUUCGGCCCAUAAAGAGAGCUAAAUAAUGGAGUAAUCUCUCCUUUUUUGACGGCGAUAGGAGUAAAUCGCUUCUCGAAGAUUCUUUCCUUCAGAUAUCUUUACUAUUUGAUUCCAGAAAAAAUGGGCUUCAUUGGUAGUAUUGAAUCUUCUCAACAGGCAAGGGAUUUUUUACCUACAAUUCAGUCAGUCUCUAUGAUUGCUAGCACCCAUGGUUGGUCCAAAAAUGGUUUGAGAGAUCAUAAAGCAGGCCUUGAUCAAAAUCAUACAGAGACACCUGCUUUUGUUGUUGCAGAAUCAGAAACCAAAGAUUUUGAUAUUGAAAAGCAGGCGGAUUAUACUGAAGGAUUGUCUGAUGAGAGUGAGUAUAGGUGGUUGUCUUCAGAUGGUAAGUCUUCAUCAUUGUUUAGUUCUGAUGACUCGCAAGAUAUUUGGGAGUUUGAUUGCUGGGAUCUGUCUCUCCAUGAUCCGUUCUCUUCAUCAUUGUCAUUAUCUGAAAGCUAUGAAGUUCUCUUGAAUAAUGGAAAAGGUUUUCUUGUCUUUGAUGGGCCUAAAAUGAGUUCUACAAGCGAAACACCCUUAGUUCUUGGCAGACCAUGUGAAGAUACUGAGGGGAAAGGGCUGAAGGAGGAAUUCAUUUUGCAGUUACAUGAAACUGUCAGAGAUGAGGUAAAAGAUCCUCAGAUUGGCCAUUCAGAGAGUGGUGAUACUUCAUAUGAGAUAUUUGUCAGUGAGAACUCAUCAGUUACUAAUUGUCCUGGUACAUCCUUCAAUCCCUGUGAUGAUACACCAUCUCGAGAUUUUGAUGGAACAGACAUAUGGGUAUCUUCAUUGGAUCUUGAAGGGGAGGAUUCCAAGUUAAUACAAGAUAAAGAACAAGUGUCCGACAUCUUUGAUUCUGAUUUUCCCAGUCCUUCCUUUAGUGCCAAACAGAAUUUCCAAAUCAUUCCUACCAGCUGUUCUUCAAGGUUUUCUAUUGUCCAUUCAGAUGAAGUGAAGAAUGCAGUAGAAGAAUCUGAUUCUGAUGAACCUCUCUUUUGGCCAUUUGAACAUAGCUCCUAUAGAUGCCCUGAAUUCAAGAACUUCCUAUGCUUGUCACCUCCUAAGGAUGGAGGAAUUGAUUGUAUUUCUGGUCCACAUGAAUCAAAACCAAUCAGGUUGAAACUCCAUCAAAAGAACUUCCCAGCAGGCAGACAGGUCAGCCAAGGAUAUGGAAGAAGGAUUACAUUCGGUCCAACACCAAAGUCAACUGUUGCAGAACGUAAAACCAGAGGUUGUGACAAUGAUGUUCAGAAGACUGCUGCUUCACCUUCAAGGUUGAGAAAAUUAAGCAGAGCUACUUCUGACCAGCAUCCAUGCAACAUCUCAAAGAAAAGAAGACCACCUCCAGUAAAAAUUGAUGUGCCAAAACAUGCUAGCGGUCAGCAGAUCUUGCAUCAACCUCUGCCAGAGUUUGAAGCUCACAAUUUGCAUGAAUUGGUCAUGCAGGGAGUUCCGAUUGAAAAGUUUGUUGGGCUGAAUGAAUUUGACGGUCAUGAAGGCAUUAAUGUAGAAUUUGAGGAGGAUCAGUUUACUUUUUAUGCAUCACCCUGCAAGACUAUAAGGGUGAUGCUUGCUGGGAAUAUCGAUUGGUCCAUGGACAACAGUGAUCAUGAGGGCUGCAACCAUUCUGCUAUGGGCAUCGAUGAAAGCAGUCAACAAACAAAUGAUUGUGCUUUAGCACAUGCCAAAGGCAAAGAAGAUAUUUUAGAUGAGCAAUUGGGAGAGCGUCAUGUACAUGAUUGUCUUUUGCUUUCAGAGUAAGGAGAUUGGUGGUGUUGUCUGCUUCUCAAACAGCUAAUAACCCAGUGCCUCCAUCGUUGCAUUUUCGAGCAAAAAGUUGUGCAUUAAUGGAAUUUCGAUAUGGGAGUCAGUACUGGAUCAGCACAAUGAGAUGAGUGCUCAUGGUCUUGGUUUUUAGCAAGGAUGGAACAGUAGAGUAGUCUAUAGCUGUGGCUUGCUAAACUCAUGCUACCAUUGUAGCCUGGAGCACUUUGUCGGUGACUGGUCCAACAACGUUCUGCAAAUGAGUUCUCUGUUGCUUCACUGCCAUUGCAAGCUGGAGCAGUGGGAUUUUGCAUUAUGGAGUUGCGCAUGGUUCAAUGCAUGUUUUGGAGGAGAAUAUAAAAAAAUUGUAGAUGAGUCUUUAGCUUGAUGUGAUCUUAGUUAAAUGAGCAGUCUUUACAUUCCCUGUAUUAUGUUCAGAUCCAAGUUUUAAAUUCCAUGGGAUAGGGAUGUUUUGGUUUCUCCACGGGACAACACCCAUCCCAUCCCAGCAGCGGUUGCAAUCACAC